AUGAAGUUCUCUACUAUCUUCUCAACUCUUCUUGCUGCUGCCUCUGUCGCAGUCAAUGCAUCCCCUAUUGCGAAGAACGAGGUUGAUGCUAGCCUCAUCUCCGCUCGCGAGACCGGCUUAGUUUCUACUCCUUUCUCCAACGACAUUGUUAAAAGGGAAACCGAGGACAGUGACACAUUCGCGGCUCUAGCCAGGGCCUACGGCGGAGAGCUCGAAGACGACAAGUACUAUGUGCUCACUGCAAAGUGGCCCCUGAGAGACGAGAUUGACAACGAGACCCCGGAAGAACUCCAGGAACUGCAGAGAGAGCUCGGCUUCUUCCAUAUCGGAGUAAUCGUUGGCAAAGUUAGCAUCAAGGAAUCUGGCCCCAAGAAGCACAGAAAGACCAAGCGCGACUUUGACGGCCAGGUCUACGAUACCAUUAAGAAGGAGAACAAGGAUAUCAAGUUCCGCAAGACCAACUGGGACACCAGCAAGAGAAGAGAUAUCGAGUUUGUCAAGAUGACAACUAAGAAGAAGGCCGAUGCUCUUAACCACAAGGCCAAGGACUACGAGAAGGAUCACCCAGUCUACAGCGUCGAUGACAACAACUGCAACACCUUUGUCCAGACGAUGUUGAGCGAGUUGUAA